AGUCAGCGCGCACCCGUGUCGAGGGCGGUCGUUGCGCCUACGUCGCGUCGUGAAACCAUGCCUCUCUAUUCCGAGCAUAUAUCGAACAUGUAUUACAGUGGGUCACCGUCGUACACCGGAUUACCAUACAGUUAUGGAUCAGUGUCAUCUCUUGGAACGUCGUACAGUGCACCUUACCUUAAUCCCGGAGGAAACUAUAGCACCCAUUCUUCACUUGGUGGCUACACUCGCUCAGCGUUGCCGUCGAGAUGGACCUCCACUGCGGGUAGGAAUUAUUCACCGAUUCUAAGUACGAUUUCGGAGAGAAGUACUGGAAGUCCGGUCCGUAUAAACAGUCCGAGAAGAGUGCCUAUAUCCAAAAGAACUUAUGGUACUGCAGCUGGUUACAUUCCGCGACCGAUUAAUAUCAACACGGCAGAUAUUGACGUGUCGAGGGAUAGAUACCGUCACAAACAUGAACACGUUCCUGUGGUAAGUCCUAAGGCCUCUCCAAAAAAAGAUAAUGAAAAUGACAAUAAAGAUAAUGGUCCAUUUAUGCCACGAGUUGAUGGAAAACCUGAAACUGGGAUCGACUCGUCACCUGGUCUACAGCGAAGUACAAUAAAGCGUGGAAGAACUGUAGUGAGACUUCAUACUAUCAAAAGACGUGAAAGAGAUUCACCACGUAAUACGUCCGAGGAGGUAGAACAAGAAAAAACUAACGAUAAAACGCCACAAGCUAAUGAAACCGACAAGCGUGGUGAAGAACCAUCAGAGAGCAUAGGUUGGAGAGAAAAAUUAUCUGAAGAUUUAAUUUAUAAAGGUAAAAAAGAAAAGAAAUCAUUAGGAACUAAAUUAGUAGAAAAAUUCAAAAUAAGAGAUGGCAACGAAGAUGAAAUGACUAAAGAUUCUUCUAGAAUAUUAGAAAGCGCUACAAGCAUAUCUGCAACUCCUUCUUGUGCAAUUAAUAAUUUAAGCAAGUCCCCCGAUAGACGAUGUUCAAUGGAGCUUUUGGCGGAACAAGCUAGCUUACUAGAUUCUUUAAUCCAGAGAGAAAAUUUAAGUACAACUAGUUUAGAUUUAAGCAAAUUUGGUGUUAAUGAAGAUAUCAAAGAGAAAAUAGAGAAUUUACAGUCACUUAAAAGACGAAAAUCCGAUAACUUCGACAAUCCUUUGCAGACCACCAAAUCAGAUCAUUCCUUACACGAUAGUCUUAAAUAUUCCAAAGAUUCGAGGCAGUUAACUAAACGACGAAGUUUGAAAAAAUCGUUAUCGGGAGGUUCUAUAUGUAGACUGGACUCUAUCACUGAGUUUCCACGAGAAACUAUAUCUGGUUCUGAUUUGCCUUCGAUCGAAGAACGACGGCCUUCCAUUAAAAAUGAGAAUAAGUCUAAACCAAAGCAAAAAACAAAAACAAAGAUUACUUCGUCAGUAGAAGUGACAGCGCCUAAAAGCCCAUUAAAAUUUAAAGUUGAAAAUAUAACUGUCGAGGAAAAAUUACACACGCCAAAAAAAGAAAUAACAUAUAGCACUAUUAUUAGUGAUCCUAUAUCUGAAAAUAAAAUAGAGGAAACUAAUGAUGCGAAAGUGCUUCAAAGAAAUGAUGUAAAUCGAAUAAGUGUAAAGAAAAAACAUAAAAGUAUAUCUUUACCCAACGAAAUACCAUCUCCUGAGCCAGAGGAUGGUAAUUUUUGGGAUAAAAUCGGGAAAAGAGAAACUGUUUAUUUAUUAAAACGAAGACAAAAUAUAGAAGAUAACAAAGAAAAACAAAAGAAAGCAUUGUUUUGGUUUCCAGAAGAAGAAGAAUUUAAUCCUGUAGACGAAUAUGAAUCAAAAGACGAAGGCAACAUGAAUAGAAAUAUGGUCGAAUUUGAAGAAAAGUUCGAUGAAAAUCAACAAGCAAUAAAAACAAACUCGAGUACUUCAUCUUCUGAUAAUGAUCAAGAUAUAGGAGUUGUCAAAACGGAAACUAUGAAAUCUUUGGAUGAUAAUAGUAUACAAAUUACUGAUAAUAUUACCGCAGAAGAAAAAAAUAUUAAUGACCCAUUGAAAAAGAAAAUGCAACUUACUGAAAUGAAGCAAACAACUGGUGAAUUGACUACGUCACCGAUUAUUAGUGAUGAAUUUUCUAAACCUUCAUUAUUAGAGGAUGAAAAGAAAAUGGUCAAAUUCAGUGAAGAUUUAAAUCAAGAACAAGAUAUGGAAUUUAAAGAAAGUAAUACUAAUACUUUAACACAAAUUGAAAGUAAUUUAAAAGAAGAUUUACUUAAACUUGAUGGUGUAGCACCUAAUGAAAAUUCUCAGAAGCUUAUUUUUCUUUCUAAUACAAUAAAACCUGAUAGUCAAGAAGAUACAGAAAAUAUUGAAAAAAAUGAGAAUCAAAAUUUACCAAACGAAGUCGUUGAGGAUGAAAAGCAUAAAAAGAUGCUAUUAGCUAAUGACCAAAUUCAAAAUAAAGAAAUUAUUCACAAUGAUAAAUUAAGGAUAGAAAAUUCAGAGUUAGAAAAAUUAAUACAAGAUAAGAGUGUCGAUAAACCUGAAGUUAAAAAUCCUGAAAAUCCAAAUAUCGAAUUAAAAUUUUCGCCAGAAUCAUCGAAGAAAGUUUCAUUGAUUCGAAAAGAAAGCUUCGAAAAAUCAAACAGUCUCACAGUCAACAAGGAAUCACAACCGCAUGAUAAAAAAAAUUUGAAAGUUGCCAAUGUUAAAUCACAAAAACUAUUGGAAGCUACUAAAAAAGAACCCAAAAAUUCAUCCCUACCAAAAUCAUCUUCAAGUGUCGAUAAAUCCUUAUUAAAGACAAAUCAAUUUAGUAAAACUGAAUCCCUUACAAACGAUGAGUCUAAAAGUACUGUAACAGAAAUCAGUAAUACAAAAAAAUCUCUAUCUAUAAAAUUAGAAAACAAAAUUUUAACAAAAGAGGCUGAGAAGACAAUCAACAGUUUACCAGAAAUAGGAAACGAAACAUGUAUUGACAAAUUAGAAAUCAGCAAGACCACAAAUGCAGACACUGAGCCUGUAUUAAAUAUAGAAAUCAUUCCAGAACCACACAUUGGCGAUACAGUAAAUCUAGGAGAGGAUAAAAAGGCUGAGGAAAUACCUGUCAUCGAAAUACAAGAAGAACAAGCUGAUUCUUCUCCUGUUGGAGUAGUAAAGUUGCCUUCGACCCCAAGUCCAAGGAGGCCAGUGAAAGAUGAACCUGCCCUUAGACCGUUGAUUGCAACACCAAGGCCACUUCAAAAGAAAGUACCACAAGUAAUCCAUUCAUCCAGUUCAUCAGAAUCGUCAUCGGAAGAAGAAUCUUCAGAUGAAGAAGAUGCAGAUGAAUCAGACGCUAGUGAGGGAUCGACUGAAUUCUUUGAAUGUGAAAAUAACACAGAUGGAAGAACUUCCACUGGAUCUAACGAUUCGGGAUUCGAUUCAUCAGCACCCACUUCGCCUGCAGGAUUUGUUCAUAUUAAGAAAGAGCAAUCGACCGCUUACGGCUUGUUCAGGAAGACGGGACGAUUCACACCACCUGCUAGAUCUAUCCCACGCUUCCGAAAAUAUAAUAUUGAAGAUUUCCACUUCAUCAAAGUACUUGGAAAGGGCAGUUUUGGCAAGGUACUUCUAGCAGAGUUGCGGGACACAGAAUAUUAUUACGCCGUGAAAUGUUUAAAGAAAGAUGUUGUGUUGGAGGACGACGACGUGGAGUGCACCCUCAUCGAGAGGAAGGUGCUGGCCCUCGGCACUAACCAUCCCUACCUAUGUCACUUGUUCGCGACCUUCCAAACGGACUCCCACUUGUUCUUCGUGAUGGAGUACCUGAACGGGGGUGACCUGAUGUUCCACAUCCAGCAGAGCGGACGGUUCCCGGAGGCUCGUGCGCGUUUCUACGCGGCUGAGAUUGUCUCGGGACUCAAAUUCUUGCACAAGCGAGGCAUUGUCUACAGGGAUUUAAAAUUGGACAAUAUUCUGUUAGACUUUGAGGGACACGUGCGCAUUGCGGACUUCGGCAUGUGUAAACUUCAAAUAUAUCUGGAGAAGACCGCGGACACGUUUUGCGGCACACCAGACUAUAUGGCUCCUGAGAUAAUAAAGGGCUUAAAGUACAACCAGACAGUGGAUUGGUGGUCGUUCGGCGUGCUGCUGUAUGAAAUGCUCAUCGGACAGAGUCCGUUCAGCGGCUGUGAUGAGGACGAGCUGUUCUGGUCCAUAUGCAACGAGAUGCCUUCCUAUCCCCGCUUCCUUUCGCAGGAGGCCCUCACGAUACUUACUAGAUUAUUGGACAAAGACGCGAGGACGAGGCUGGGCGGCACAGAGUGUAUGCACGGGGACGUACGCGACCAGGAGUUCUUCCAUCCCAUACACUGGGACCGCCUCGAGAGGCGGGAACUGGACGCGCCUUUCAAACCACGUGUGCGGCAUCCUCUAGAUACUCAAUAUUUCGACAAAGCGUUCACUGGCGAGCGGCCACGGCUCACAGCAGUCGAGCCUCAAGUGUUACGCUCUAUGGACCAGGAACCGUUCAGAGGAUUCUCCUAUACCAACCCCAACGCGACAGACCGCUAAAACAAACCUCAUUUACACCGGAGAAGCUUUCAAAUUACCUCGGCAGACCGGGGAGUUGACGCGGACAGAGUAGGAUGCUCUAAUCCUUUUAAGUCUCAGAGGAUUGCCUAUAGAGCUAAUUCAGUUCUGUUCGAGACUCAAAUCUGCCCAAGUUGAAGCACUUGUGAAGAGUUAAUUGGCGAAAAUUGUUUAGAACAUAGAAUAAUUAUUAUGUUAAUAUUCUAUUAUUUAGAACAAAAAUUGUUUUGCGCUGCGUCUCUAAAGUUUCACACAGACUAUAAUUAAAUAUAUAUCUUUCCUAAGAGAAAAAAAUAUAAUUUUUAAAUAGAUACUAUAUAUUUACUAUUAAAAAAGACAUGUUUCUGUAAUUUAUCUAUCUUAAUAAAAGUGCUUUUAAAAUGAAGAUAUAGAAAGAUUGCUUAAAAAUAAAUAAUUCUAUACGUGUGAAUUUCAUAGUGCCAUAAUAAUAGGGAGAGACAGAAAAAUAUAUUAUUAUCAAAGUAAUUAAUUAGCUAUAGCUAAAUAUGAAAAUCGAAAGGUGUAUAUUGCAUAUCACACAAUUAAAAAGUUUCGGUUAUAUAUUAUUGUUUGUUAUAAAUAAAUGAUUUAU